GGUAUAGACCUACUUCCUGUGUUAUGUUUGCUUACUGCUGCAGCAAUAGUACGGUAGCACUGCUGGAGUAAAGUUCGUAUACCAACUAUCAACCGCUGCAACCAUAGGUAGAAAUGUCCAUGUGAAUGCAUCAAAAUUAAAGUGUUUUGAGUAGCUAAUGGGACUGUUUGGGAAAACACCAGAGCGAUCGCCGAAAGAACAGGUGCGAGAAUGGACUUCAAAGCUGAGAAAAGAAGGGUACCAGCUGGAUCGCCAAAUCAGAGCUAUUCAGAGACAAGAAGAAGGUGUCAAGAAAUCUUUGAAAGAGGCCGCAAAAAAGAAUGACAAGGAGGUGUGUCUUAUCCUGGCGAAAGAGGUGCUUCGUGCUCGAAAGGCUAUCAAUCGGAUCCACGCCUCCAAGGCACAGUUGAAUUCCGUCGUUAUGAGCAUGAACCAUCAGCUCGCUACCCUUCGGUUGGCUGGCUCAAUGCAGAGAAGCACUGAAGUUAUGAAGAGCAUGCAGCAGUUGAUCAAAGUGCCCGAAGUAGCGCAGACGAUGCGAGACCUGUCGAAGGAAAUGCUGCGAGCAGGAAUAAUAGAAGAAAUGCUGGAUGACACAAUGGAAGGCCUUGAUGACCAGGACGACUUGGAGGAAGAGGCACAGGAGGAAGUUGACAAGGUCUUGUGGGAGCUGACUGCAGGCCAGCUUGGCAAGGCUCCAACUGCAGUUACAGAAUCUUUGCCAUCAGAAGACAUCCAAGAAGCUGGUCCAUCCUCUGCAGUAGUAGAAGACGAAGAUGACGUGACCAAGAUGCAAGAGCGAUUGCAGGCCUUACGGAGCUGAAGUGCAGCCAGCCAGUGGCUUGUACACCAAGUACGGUUGUUAUCAGCGUUUGCUAUGCCAUUAUAGUUGCAAUGUUCCUUGUUUCCCCGCUUGUUGGCAACACGCAAACUUGUACAGUCUCUUUGUGCCUCCUCAGGAUGGCAGUGUCUGAAACUUGGAAUUGCAUGUUAAACCCAUUAGUUGUCACACAUAGAAAACAUUGCAUGGUUCUGGGCAAUACAGCAUUGUUUGAUAAUGUCAAGGCCACGUCAAGAUCCCACUCAGCUGUUGUCACACCUAUUUGUUUAUGCACUCUUACAUCAGAAAAGGAGAACCAAUUGGCAAUAGCCACGUACUAUCAGCGUCAAAUGAAACUUGAACAGCGGAGCGCGUGGCGCAAGCAUAACUGAAGGUAUAGUGUGCGCUAUCCAGUCAUCACCAGCGCACAACCGGUUCGGACGCUGCGCGAGAUAUUUUCGUUUCUGUUCUGGUUCUUAUAUUUGAAAGGGGGAAAACAAAAGCUAAAAUAUUGCAGUAUUGUCGCACGAUUCGCCGAAACCAUAAGUGCUAUCGGCGUCAAAUGAAACACAAACAGCGGUACGCGUGGUGCAGUUUGCACCAUCAUCAUUAGAGAUAGUACAUUCGCUGAUGUGGUUUGCCGCUGGUGCGCCACAUUCAUUCUUAUGAUCCACAAAACUGCGCAGCGCAGUAUCGGUGGCGACUGUGGCCGGCGUGGGCGCAGUGCGACCAAACUGGAUGUGCGAGCCUGUCAAUGGUGAUGACUGGAUGGCGCACACUUUAUCGUCACUUAUGCUUGGGCCACGCGCUCCGCUGUUCAAGUUUCAUUUGAAGCUGAUAGUACAGCUGCAUAGGUUAAGUGCAUUGUUAAUUUGUUAUAAACAUGGAAGCAGCUCAGUUUGUGAUGUCUGUUUUCAAGACUGGGCUGUUUCUAGGCAAGGUCAGGCAACCACACCUGGUCAUUAUAUUUUAGUGAUCAUAAGAUUGAUGGAUGCAGCAGAUAUUGUGUGGAAAUGUGACGCUCUUUCCUUUCGCCUGUCUUUUUCUUGGUGUGUCGAGUCUUUUCGCUGUAUGAAGAAAUGUGAACAGUUAUUAAAGGAAAGAGCACAGGUGUGGCAGUGUUUCACAAAAUGUUAAAGGCAUGUUGUACAGGAGCUUAUCGUCUGUUUGUAGUGAUGCUAUAGUUGUGGUCAAGCACAGAAAUCAACUGACAAGGGACAGCCUAGAGCAAAGGCUUUCGGCACCGACCGCAGUGCCAGAACUCGGCAGGGCAUUCGUGACAUUGCAUAUCUCAAUACAAGGGCCACCCAGUCAAGCUCAAGUUAUGCUUUAUCUUUCUAAAUUUCUAAACUGUGAGGCAAUCAUGGACUGCCCAUCAUUCCCACCUACUUGCAAAUCCUGUGCACACUAGCACCAGAAUUGCCUUUAGUCAUUCAUGCAGAAACUAUGGUGACAAGUGCUGCAGCUGGCCAUCCAAGUCAGCCAGGCUUAUUCACAUGCAUUUGGCUUCUAGAUUUGCCUUCACUGGCUUUUCCUAUGUUGAUGUUCAACAUGGUUGCUUAUGUAUGCAAGUGUUUCAUUGGUGAAAGUACAGCACUGCAUCUAUCACUAUCUUUACCCCAAUGUUUCAAACUCUACCCCAAGAAUGAGAAAGGGAAACCACAUUAUAAUACAACAGGGGGUGUUGAGGCUUCAAGAGGCUUUAACAUAUGUGGUGCUCCCCUGAACCCAACUUGCUACUAGCCGACCUUCCCUCCCAAGCAUAGGUACUGCCACAGCAGGGCAACACAAAUUGUAUUUGUUAGAAGGCCCCAACUGCUGUUAAAGAAUCUUUGCCAUCAGAAGACAUCCAAGAAGCUGGUCCAUAGUCUGCGGUAGUAGAUGUUAAUAUUCAUUUCACCCAUUGCUAGAGUUAAAAACGUUUGCUAAUAUAUUGACAAUGGACAGUUGUCCAUUCUGCACAGACUUCUGCACUGCUAAAUAAAAUAUGCCUUCAAUGAA